CUCCUCCUCCGCAUCGUCUUCGCAAAGGCAUUUCACCACACCGCUUGGACACAGACAUGUCAUUUCUUGCACGGCCGCACCCUCAGCCAGUAACGUGGGCAGCGUGGGUUACGGCGAAGACGGCUGCCCGCCUUUGCUCGAAUUAGAGCCUGCAGCUCUCCCAGGGAGGGUUUCGACGACUUGCGACGACCCAUCAUGCUCGGCCCAGCGUUUGCUCUGGCUGUUCCUCUCCUAGGUUCUCUAGCGUCGGCUGCAUCGACAGGCGUGGCAGCAGAGUCGCUGAACGCCCUGACGAGGCACUGUCAGUUCACUCUAGGCAAUCGGCGCUUCGAUUUGUGUCCGGUGUUCGAAGGAAAUGACGGAGGCUGGACCGUUGGGUUGAGCGCCGAGUACAGGAUCUCCUUCGCAGGUCCACUGAAGACGACGAAGUGGACGCCCCAUGAUGAACAGUGUCCUGACGGGACAUGGGUCUGCAAAAUCAUUUCAAACAGUCCUCGAGUCUUGCAAGUGAUCCCAGUUGCCGGUGACAUCUCUGGCUCUCUUCCUAAGAAGGACGAUGGAGGCGAUGGCUUUGCUGGCGAAGAAUAUCAGCCAGGCUUGAAUGUCACUGCGAAGCUUGUGCCUGCGGAUGAGAACACGCGACACGGUAAGCUGCUUUCGUAUCUACGUGCUUCGCAUCGUCCAAUCGCUCACAACGUCGCCUGGCAGCCUACGAAACCUAGCAUCUACUGGAACUGGAACGGUACCCAUACGUUCGAGUGGCGAACCAAGCACGCAUGCGGCCAAGCGAUGACCGCACCUGACGACGACUCCCCUCCACCGACCCCGCCAAAGCACAACCCCGGUUCUGACGAGCCGCCCAAGGAUUCGGAGGACGACGAUGUCCCCGGCGACAAGAAGAUACUCGACCCCGACUUCCUUUACGGGCAGACUCGGCGGUCAAUCAUGACCAUCUUCGCCUCAUCCGCCCUCGUUGUCAUCGUUGUCACGUACCUGGUGCAGCGCCCACCUGCGAGGCUGCGCAGGUUCGCCCUGUCGUACAUGAAGACCCACCCGUGGCUGAUGCACUCGCGCGUCGGCGAGCGGAUGCUGAUGCGAUGGGCGCGCGAGGACCUCAUCUUCGAUGCCGGGGAGGAGGACGUCAUGAUCAACGGCCCGACCAACGUGCGCAGCGCGGUGGGUCUGGACGAAGGUAUCCCUCUCAAGCCGUCGCCGCGUCGACCGAACAACUACGGCAGUGCGUAGAGCGCGCAACGAGGCUUGACAUUCUUGACCACUUAUGUUCACGACCCCUGCAUGGCUGUUACGCCGGUGUUCCUCUCUUGUAGACUGUUAUUCCACUAGCCGCUGUAGAUUAGUAUGCUGUACGACCUGAUUGUAGUGCUAGUUGCCGUUUGUGGCCUGUCGGAGGAUGAUGCCCUGUACAUUCCGGUGGAGAUCUGCCAUAACGACAGCAAACGUCGACGUCCAGAGGCGCGAUGUGCGUUGUGAGUGGCGUCCAUCUCCACCAAGCAUAUGCCAAGUCUAGCGUC